AUGAGGGGCACCCAGAGCUGUGGCAGCCGAACCACAAGCUGUACUUCAACAAAAUUAAAAAAUGACGCUUGGGAAGCUAUAGCGACGCAGUUGGAGACGACAUACGACACCGUCAAAAGCAAAAUAACCUCCUUGUUGGCUUCCUUCAGGAGGGAGAAGAACAAGGAAGAAACUUCAAAAGGGACUGGAAAAGGUGCAGACGAGAUCUACAGGAGCAAAUGGUUUGCUUACGAAGCUUUUGGGUUUUUGAAGGAUAAGAACAAGUGCAAGGAAACCAUCAACUCAUGUACUUCACAAAACGCUUCAAAGGAGAAUGAUUCACAGGUAAGCUCACGAAUUACACUUUUUUACCUGCAUGGCUUAUUAGAGAUUCAUUUUUAUGUACUUAAGCUUGAAAUGCCUCCUAAUAGAUUCAGGUAUAAUAUGCCUCCUAGGUAGUACAAUAAAUAGGUAAUGAAUCAG